UCUUACCGCAAACACCUUGCCCAAGGGCGAUGGGAGUUGUUUUUUAUUAGCCACUGGGCAGCCAAAUCUGAUUAUUACUGACUUUGACUUUUACACGCCGGAGUUUUAUGGCCGGGCUUUUGAGAGUGGCUGUGAUCGGGGCCGGCGUGGCGGGGCUGGCGGCUGCGCGCGAACUGAAAAGAGAGGGCCACCGGGUCGUGGUCUACGAAAAGUCCGGCCAACUGGGAGGAAUAUGGGUUUUCAAUCCUGAAGUCGAGUCCGACCCAUUGGGCCUUGACCCAAACAGAAAAUUAGUCCACAGUAGCAUCUACGGAUCUCUGCACACCAAUCUGCCCAGACACUUGAUGGGCUUUUCCGAUUACCCAUUCACCGUGACGGAGAACGGGAAGCUUUCCAACUUUCCCGGCCACCGGGAGGUCCUUCAGUUCCUCGCCGAGUUCGCCGCCGAGUUUGAAUUCACCGCGCUGGUCCGGUUCAAUACCGAGGUAAUCCGAGUUGAGCGGAUCGGCGGUGGUUCUGAUGAUCAGUGGGCCGUUGACUCGAGAACGCAGGAGUUGACUUCGGAGGUAGAGGUGUUUGAUGCUGUUGUAGUUUGUACGGGACAUUAUACGCAACCCAAAUUAGCAGAACUUCCCGGCAUCGAAAAAUGGCAUGGGAAACAAAUUCAUAGCCACAAUUACAGAGAUCCGGAGCCAUACAGGAAUCUUGUUGUGGUUGUGAUAGGAAAUUCUGCAAGUGCUUAUGAUAUCUCCAAUGACAUAGCCACAGUAGCAAAAGAAGUUCAUCUAUCAUCAAGAUCAAAUGAUGCUAAAGUUUCCAGAUCUGAUGGUUCUCAAAACGUGUGGCACCAUUCAAAGGUUGACCAUGUUAAGGAAAAUGAAGUAGUUUUUGAAGAUGGAGGUUCAAUUUAUGCAGAUAUUAUUCUUCAUUGUACGGGGUUUAAAUACGCAUUUCCUUUCCUGAAAACGAAUGGGAUUGUAAAUAUUGACGACAACCGCGUCGGACCGCUGUACAAGCAUGUCUUCCCGCCGGAGCUUGCCCCGAGGCUCUCCUUCAUAGGAAUACCUUUUUGGGUUAUUGUAUUUGGUAUGAUGGAAUUACAAGCUAAAUGGGUAACACAAGUUCUAAGUGGGAAUGCCCUUCUUCCUUGUAAGGAGGAGAUGCUGGCUGAUGUAGAAGCACAUUAUAAGCAAAUGGAGGAAAAUGGAAUUCCCAAGCACAAGACUCAUUCUCUUAUUAAUAUGGAGAUGGAGUACCUGGACUUCCUCGCUAGAGAAGCUGGAGUGCCACCAGUUGAUGGGGAGUUGAAAGAGAUUUUUCACAACCUUUUUAAGUUUGCAUAUAAAUUUGGACUAAAUGCAGCAGCAAAAGAUCUCUGGGAUGUGAGUUGGAGACCAGAAGAAUAGCACCAUCUCUAUAUUAUUACUUGGACAUUAGUUGUGUUCAAAGACUUGCAUUCAUAAACUAUUGUGUUUUUCGUACGUAGUAUAAUAUUACUUCGAUAACAAAUAAUUUAAUAAAAACAAUGCUAAAGGUUUUGACCGGACAUUGAUGUAAGAAAAUAAGGAUUGGUAUUUUAGAAAAUUGCUGUCUUGAUUUUUACGAUGUGUCAAAUGAGAC